AUGGACGUCGAGAGGCUGCAGGAGGCGCUGAAAGAUUUUGAGAAGAGGGGAAAAAAGGAAGUUUGUCCGGUCCUGGAUCAAUUUCUUUGUCAUGUGGCCAAGACUGGAGAAACAAUGAUUCAGUGGUCCCAAUUUAAAGGCUAUUUUACUUUCAAACUGGAGAAAGUAAUGGAUGAUUUCAGAACUUCAGCUCCUGAACCAAGAGGUCCACCCAACCCUAAUGUCGAAUAUAUUCCCUUUGAUGAAAUGAAGGAAAGAAUACUGAAAAUUGUCACUGGAUUUAAUGGUAUCCCUUUUACUAUUCAGCGGCUAUGUGAAUUGCUAACAGAUCCAAGGAGAAAUUACACAGGAACAGACAAAUUUCUCAGAGGAGUAGAGAAGAAUGUGAUGGUUGUUAGCUGUGUAUAUCCUUCUUCAGAGAAAAAUAAUGCUAAUAGUUUAAAUCGAAUGAAUGGUGUUAUGUUUCCUGGAAAUUCACCAACUUAUACUGAAAGGGCUAAUAUAAAUGGGCCAGGAACACCUAGGCCACUUAAUCGACCAAAGGUUUCUUUGUCAGUCCCCAUGACAACCAAUGGCUUGCCUGAGAGCACAGAUGACAAAGAGUCAAACUUACAGCAAACUGAGGACAAAAGUCACAGUAACUCUCCAACACCUGGACCAGAAAGCCCCUCAGUGAGCCCUUUGAAAACUAAGCAUCCGGAUGAAGAUGCCCUGGAAGGGGAGGGGCUUGAGGUAAAAAGGCUUCGGUUUGACAGAGAAAGUGAAGUCAGGGAGAUGGCCAGUCAGACAUCUUCCAGUGAAAUUCCUCCAGUUACAGUAGAAGAAACAGAUGCACCAUCUCCAUCUCAGGAUAAAGACAAAGAAAGUGGUUCUACCAGGCAGCACUGUACAGAGGAGGAGGAGGAAGAGGAGGAGGAGGAAGAAGAAGAAGAAUCUUUUAUGACAUCAAGAGAAAUGGUCCCUGAAAGAAAAAAUCAAGAAAAAGAAUCUGAUGCCUUAACUGUGAAUGAAGAGACUUCUGAGGAAAAUAAGCAGAUGGAGGAAUCUGAUCUGACUCAAGCUGGAAAAGAUUUACAUUCUGAAGUUUCAGAUACCUGA